CCUGUGCGCCGCAAACAUGGCCGAGCAGCUGCGGCCAAAAUGCUGAGAUUUCCCGUGGGAAGAGAGGAUUGCGGGCGGCCAUGGCGAGGCUGGCAGACUACUUCAUAGUGGUGGGCUACGACCAUGAGAAGACGGGCUCUAGCGAAGGAUUGGGCAAAAUAAUUCAAAGGUUUCCUCUGACUGACUGGAGCGAGACGCCGUUCCCACAAGGAAUUGAACUGUUUUGUCAGCCGGGAGGAUGGCAGCUGUCUCGCGAGAGGAAACAACCCACCUUCUUUGUUGUGGUUUUAACGGACAUCGACUCAGACCGCCACUACUGCGCAUGUCUGACGUUUCAUGAGGCAGAAAUCAACUUGCAGGGAACAAAGCACGAUCACAGCGAUGACGAGGAUUCUGGCUUGAUUCAACCCGCACAGAUUUUUGCUCCGAAAUGUUUGGUGCUCGUCUCCAGAUUGGAUUAUCCUGAGAUCUUCAGGGCCUGCCUCGGGCUGAUCUACACCGUCUAUGUGGACAAUCUGAAUGUCUCCCUGGAAAAUCUGGUCGCUAAUCUGGUCACAUGUAUCAUUCCGUCUGCUGGAGGUUCCCAGAAACUCUUUUCGUUGGGUGCCGGAGACCGCCAGCUGAUCCAGACGCCUCUGUGCGACAGCCUGCCAGUGACGGGAACCAGCGUCGCCCUCCUUUUCCAGCAGUUGGGAAUCCAAAACGUUCUGAAACUCUUCUGUGCGGUGCUGACCGAAAACAAAGUCCUCUUCCAUUCCUCCAGUUUCCAGCGUCUCAGCGAUGCUUCCCGGGCGCUAGAAGCGCUCAUGUACCCUCUGAAGUACAGCUAUCCCUACAUUCCAAUCCUUCCAGCGCAGCUUCUCGAGGUCCUCAGCUCCCCCACACCGUUCAUUAUAGGGGUCCAUUCUAUCUUCUGCUCCGAGAUCCAUGACCUGCUCGACGUGAUCAUAGCAGACCUGGAUGGAGGUACAAUCAAAAUUCCGGAAUGUAUCCACCUCUCCUUGCUGCCAGAACCCCUCUUCCAGCAGAUACAGACUUCCCUUUCCCUUGUUUUGCAUCCGGAUCUAGAAGUUGCAGAUUAUGCCUUCCCUCCUCUACGCACAACUUUGUCUCAUGUAAAAAUGCUGGAUAAAGAAGUGCGCGCCAUCUUCCUGCGAUUAUUUGCUCAGAUAUUUCAGGGAUAUCGCUCCUGCCUUCAGCUCAUCAGGAUACACGCAGAGCCGGUCAUCCACUUCCACAAGGCUGCGUUCCUGGGUCAGCGCGGCUUGAUAGAGAACGACUUCCUGACUAAAAUCCUGAAUGGGAUGGCAUUUGCCGGCUUUGUGUCUGACCGCGGUCCUCCAUACCGAGCCUGCGAUCUCUUCGAUGAGCUGGUGUCGUUUGAAGUGGAAAGAAUUAAAGAGGAAGAACACUACAGCCCCCAGGAGACACUCAAACGCAUUAAGGAGCUUGCCGAACAACUCUUUAAAAAUGAAAAUCCCAAUCCCCAUAUGGCCUUUCAGAAAGUCCCAAAACCAACGGAGGGCUCCCAUUUGCGUGUUCACGUCCUCCCCUUCACCAAGAUGAAUGACCUCAAAGUUCAGGAACUGAUCCAAGAUGGAAUCCAUAAGAACCAGAAUUCUACACAAGCCACUCGCAUAGAGAAGAAGUGUAUUGUCCCCGCCGGCUCCCCCGUUGUCUCUUUAGUGGACAAGGUCAGCUCCGUAUUUAACAGCGCCCGAAGACUGGAAGUUGUGCGAAACUGCAUCUCCUACAUCUUUGAGAACAAAAUGCUGGAAACUGAAAAGACUCUGCCUGCCGCCCUCCGCGCACUGAAGGGAAAAGCGGCCAGGCAGUGCCUGGCGGAGGAACUCGGUCACCACGUUCAGCAGAACCGCGCCAUCCUCAACCACCAGCAGUUCGAUUACGUCAUCAGAAUGAUGAACUGCACACUCCAGGACUGCUCCAGCCUUGAGGAAUAUCACAUUGCAGCUCAGUUACUUCCACUGGCUACUGCCUUUUGUAGGAAACUGUCUCCUGGGGUCAGCCAGUUCGCCUACACAUGUGUCCAGGAUCACACCAUAUGGGCCAAUCAGCAGUUCUGGGAGACGACGUUCUAUAACGAUGUUCAGAACCAAGUACGGGCCCUUUACCUGGCCUCUAAAGAAGCCAACCAGGAACCGGCUUCUAAUGCUAAGAACGGAGUGGAGAGUUCAGAGGAGAACACGGUGAUGGACAUUGCAGCAGAGCAGCUGCGUCUUUGGCCGUCACUCAGCAAGCAGCAGCAAGUGGAACUUGUACAGAGCGAGGAAAGCACCGUCUUUAGCCAGGCCAUCCACUUCGCCAACCUCAUGGUGUACCUCCUAGUACCCUUAGACACCAGCAAGAACAAGCUGCUGCGGACAUCUGCCGGUGGCGACUGGGAGAGUGGCAGUAAUAGUAUUGUCACCAACAGCAUUGCCGGCAGCGUUGCGGAGAGCUACGACACUGAGAGCGGGUUUGAGGAUUCGGAGAACGAUAUUGCCAACUCGGUGGUCCGAUUUAUCACGAGGUUUAUUGACAAAGUCUGCACAGAGAGCGGGGUGACCCAAGAUCACAUCAAGAGCCUGCACUGUAUGAUACCAGGUAUUGUAGCUAUGCACAUCGAAACCCUGGAGGCUGUACAUCGAGAGAGCCGAAGGUUACCGCCAAUCAAGAAGUCCAAAAUCCUCAGACCAGCCUUGCUUCCUGGAGAAGAGUUUGUCUGUGAAGCUUUGCGUGUGCUCUUGGACCCUGACGGAAGAGAAGAGGCGACUGGAGGAAUGCUCGGAGGACCUCACAUCUUGCCAGCAGAGGGCGCUCUCUUCCUUACCACAUAUCGUAUCAUUUUCAAAGGCACUCCGCAUGACCCAUUAGUGGGCGAGCAGACCGUCAUACGCAGCGUCCCUAUCGCUUCCAUAACCCGAGAGAAAAAGAUCAACAUCCAGAACCACCUACAGCAGAAUAUGCAGGAAGGACUCCAGAUUCGAUCAGCCACUUUCCAGCUAAUUAAAGUAGCGUUUGACGAGGAGGUCAGCCCGGAGAUGGUGGACCUUUUUAAGAAGCAAAUGAUGAAGUUCCGCUAUCCUGUCUCCAUCUUCAGCAUGUUCGCCUUUGUCGCUGGACAGGCGGCGCCCCCUAUCAUCCUCCCGAAGCAGAAGGAAAAGAACACCUCGUUCCGGACACUUUCCAAAACUAUUGUGAAAGGGGCCAAACGUGCCGGGAAAAUGACAAUUGGACGCCCGUACGUUGCCAAAAAGAAGACUGGAACCAUUCUAGAGGAGCGAGGCAGCCGCAUCGAGGAGGACGACAUUUCUGUUUCAGAUGAUAACGAGCUACCGAGCGGAACCAUUAAAGCGUCGGAGAAGUCCACCAUGGAGCAGCUAGUGGAGAGGGCCUGUUUCCGGGACUACCAGCGCCUGGCCUUGGGGACCAUCAGCAACAGCUCCACACGGAUCAAAUCCGAGCAUUUCCGAGUGACUGCCAUGAACAGGAUGUACUCCCUGUGCCGGAGUUACCCCGGUCUCCUGGUUGUGCCGCAGUCAGUUCAGGACAGCAGUCUGCAGAAAGUGGCCAGAUGUUACCGACAUAACAGACUUCCGGUGGUCUCCUGGAAAAACUCCAAAACAAACGCUAUCCUACUUCGGUCCGGGGGCUUCCACGGGAAGACGGUCGUUGGGCUCUUUAAAUCUCAGAAUACGCACCCUGCAGCUCCAGCCUCAUCUGUCGAGUCAUCAAGCAGUAUCGAGCAGGAGAAGUAUUUACAAGCCUUGCUGAACGCCAUCUCUGUCCACUACAAGGCAAACGGAGGAAGCACCAUGACCAUCAGGCCUACCUUGGCCCUGUCACCAGGUGUUUGGGCCAGCCUGCGCUCAAGCAAUCGCUUAAUCACCACCCAGACACCUCUUAUUGAAGUUGGCGCAAGGCUAGCGGGAAGGGAUCACGGAGCUUCGUACAGCGACCAGACCUCGCUGCAAAACAACCUGCUAAAGCGCCAGGCAGCACUGUAUAUCUUUGGUGAAAAGUCUCAGUUGAGGAGUUUCAAGUUAGACUUGGCCUUGAACUGUGAGUUUGUACCGGUUGAGUUUGGUGAUAUUCGGCAAUUGAAGACCAGUUUUAAGAAGCUGAUGAGAGCCUGCGUGCCGAGCAGUGUCCCCGGGGACUCGGACGCCACUUUUCUCAAGUCACUGGCUGACUCAGAGUGGUUCUUACAGAUGCACAGAAUAAUCCAACUGUCUGUGAUCGUGUCGGAGCUGAUGGAGAGCGGAUCUUCAGUGAUGAUCAGUCUAGAGGACGGAAGUCUUUUCUGAGUGUGUAUCAUCUCUCUUGUGCAACUCCUUGGAGAUCCGUAUUACCGCACGUUGGAUGGAUUCCGCAUGUUGAUGGAGAAGGAGUGGCUUUCGUUCGGCCAUAAAUUUAGCCAGCGCAGUAACCUGUCCCUUAACAGUCAGGGUAGCGGCUUCGUGCCCAUCUUCCUGCAGUUUCUGGAUUGCGUGCACCAGAUACACAAUCAGUACCCCACGGAGUUCGAGUUUAACCGUUACUAUCUCAAGUUUUUGGCAUUCCAUCACGUCUCCAACCGCUUCAAGACCUUCCUGCUGGACUCAGACUACGAGAGGCUGGAGCACGGCACUCUGUUUGAAGAUAAGGUAGACAAACACACGAGGAAAGGCAUGUGUAUCUGGGAAUAUAUCGAGCGGGCGCACAGGAAAAGUCCCAUUUUCUUCAACUAUUUAUACGCACCAAGCAAGCUGGAGGCGUUAAAGCCGAGUGCCAACAUCUCCACCCUAAGGAAGUGGGAGUACUACACCGAGGAAACGUUGGCAUCGGGACCGCCCUACGAUUGGACGGGAUCCCCUUCUCGAUUACACGCCCCCGAGGAGCAAGUUGAAGAAACAUCUCAGCAAGGAAAAAGGAAAGUGGUCUGGCCGUGUUACGACAACAUCGGGAAAGUACAGCCGGACGCGAUAACGCAUCUUAUGAACGAAAUCGAGAGACUGGAGAGCGCCUUGAAUCAGAGUUCAGAGCGGUGGCAGCUUCUGUGGGAGAAGGCAAAGGUGAAAUUGAAGGAGGACGCCAAGACGGAGAUUGUGAGUGCCGGGCCCGGUGGUACUUCCAACUUAAUGUCCCCCAAUCUGCAGUCUUAUCAGAAGACAUCCAUGAUCCAUCUCCCAGACAGCGGCAUAGGGGAUGAGCAGCACAUGACAUCCUCACCCUCCAAUGGAGUGGAUCGAAGAUCAGCUACACUGUACAAUCAUUUUACCUCCAAGAACGAGGAGAACAGGUCAUUUGAAGGUAUUUUGUAUAAGAGGGGCGCUCUGCUGAAGGGCUGGAAACCUCGAUGGUUUGUUCUCGAUGUCACCAAGCACCAGCUCCGAUAUUAUGACUCUGGUGAGGACACGAGCUGUAAGGGGCACAUCGACCUUGCUGACGUUGAGACAGUUGUUCCUGCCGCACCAACAAUAGGAGUGCCAAAACACGCCAAUGAGAAGGCUUUCUUUGAUGUAAAAACCAGCAAGCGGGUGUACAGUUUCUGCGCCCAGGACGCACAAAGUGCCCAGCAGUGGAUGGACAAGAUCCAAAACUGUAUAUCGGACGCUUAGGAUGACGCAUAGACCACCGUCUCUGGGAUAGAGUUAGCCAUAUCUCCUCCUAGUACAGGAAGGAGUUUUUUUUUUCUCUUUUUUUGUAUUGUGCAUUUUUGAAGGACCCUUCCUUUCAGGUAGCCAACAUCUCCAGAUCGUUACAGGGCCCUCAGAAAUUCUUCCAUGUGGGGGCGGUUCGGAGAAUUUCUCCCAUGUAGC